CGCUGUGCCAGUAACACUCAGUCAAGAAGAAACAAUCCAGAGAGGAACAGAAAAAAGAGAAACCGGAGGAGAUUCGUUCUGCUCAUUUUUGGAUUCUCCCUCUGUCCUCCCCAUUGCUGUCAAGACUGUCUUCUGAAAAAAGUGGGGGAAAGACUGAGUGAAAGAGAGAGAGAGAGAACACAGGGAGGGAGUGCAUAGCAACGCGACUCCAAGAUGAAGAAGAGCCAGGAGCCCCAUUCUCAGAAGCCAAUAAUUCCAGACCUAUUAAUGACUCCAAGUGAUCAAGGAGACGGUGACCUGGAGAUUGAGUACCCUGAAGAUAGAGGGAAUUGGACAGGCAAGCUGGAUUUCCUUUUGUCCUGUAUUGGAUACUGCGUGGGAUUAGGGAAUGUCUGGAGGUUUCCAUACCGUGCUUACACAAAUGGGGGAGGGGCAUUCCUUGUUCCUUAUUUCAUCAUGCUGGCUAUAUGUGGGAUUCCCAUCUUCUUCAUGGAAUUGUCCCUGGGUCAGUUUUCAAGCCUGGGACCUCUUGCCGUUUGGAAGAUAAGCCCACUGUUCAAAGGUGUUGGCAUGGCCACAAUCCUGAUUGUCUCCUUGGUGGCCAUUUACUAUAACAUGAUCAUUGCCUAUGUUCUCUUCUACCUCUUUGCCUCAUUGACAAAAAACUUGCCCUGGCAAUACUGUGGCAACUGGUGGAACACAGACCUGUGCCUGGACCACCAUGUCAUGCGAACAGGAAAUGGUGCUGUCCCUUUCAACAUCUCUAACACUGUCAGCCCAAGUGAGGAAUACUGGAGUCGUUAUGUCUUGCAUAUCCAAGAGAGUACAGGGAUUGGGGAUCCUGGGAGAAUUCGUUGGAAUCUUUGCCUUUGCCUCCUCCUUGCCUGGGUUAUUGUGUACCUCUGUAUCCUGAAGGGAGUCAAAUCCUCUGGCAAGGUAGUGUACUUCACUGCCACAUUUCCUUACCUCAUCCUGAUCAUGCUCCUGAUUCGUGGUGUAACACUGGAAGGAGCCUGGUUAGGAAUUAGGUUCUAUCUCACUCCGCAGUUUGACCUCCUGCUGUCUCCCAAGGUGUGGAUCGAAGCAGCUUUGCAGAUCUUCUACUCUCUUGGGGUUGGAUUUGGGGGACUUCUUACAUUUGCAUCAUAUAACACCUUCCACCAGAAUAUUUACAGGGAUACCUUUAUAGUCACUGUGGGCAAUGCCAUCACCAGUAUCUUGGCUGGUUUUGCCAUCUUCUCUGUUUUGGGCUACAUGUCCCAAGAACUUGAUGUCCCUGUUCAGGACGUGGCCAAAGCAGGUCCAGGCUUGGCAUUUGUGGUGUACCCACAGGCUAUGACAAUGCUUCCUCUUUCUCCUUUCUGGUCCUUUCUUUUUUUCUUCAUGCUGCUGACUCUUGGCCUGGACAGCCAGUUUGCCUUCUUAGAGACCAUUGUUACUGCAGUGACGGAUGAGUUCCCUUAUUACCUGCGUCCAAAGAAGGCUUUUUUCUCAGGCAUCGUUUGUUUUGUGAUGUUCUUGAUGGGACUCAUUCUGACAACAGAGGGUGGGAUGUAUUGGCUAGUUCUGCUGGAUGACUACAGUGCUGGGUUUGGACUCAUGGUGGUGGUCAUUACCACCUGCCUGGUGGUGACACGUGUUUAUGGUAUGAAGGGGUUUUGCCGUGAUAUUCACAUGAUGCUGGGGUUCAAACCAGGGAUAUAUUUUAAAGCCUGCUGGUUGUUCCUGACCCCAGUAACAAUGAUGGCCCUGCUGGUGUACAGCAUAGUCAAGUACCAACCUUCAGAAUAUAAUGGAACCUACCGCUUCCCAUGGUGGGCGGAAGUCCUGGGCAUCCUGAUGGGAAUCUUCUCCUGCCUGAUGAUCCCUACAGGGAUGGUGUUUGCUGUGAUCCAAGAGGAAGGGACACUUUGGCAGAGAAUCCAGCAAGCUAGCAGGCCAACCAUGGAUUGGGGUCCUUCUCUGGAGGAGAACAGAACUGGCAUGUAUGUGGCCACACUGGCAGGCAGCCAGUCCCCUAAGCCUUUGAUGGUCCAUAUGCGGAAAUAUGGAGGAGUAACCAGCUACGAGAACAUUGCUUUUCAGGUGGAUAAAGAGAUUGAAGAGGAUGAAGAUGAGUCCAUGAUGUGAAGGCGCAGCCUCCACACUCACCCCGGUGGUGAAGAGAAUGUGGGAAGCCGUUGCCUGAACUUGCACACAAAGCUGCACUUUGGCACAUGAGAUCACUCGGUAGUCUCUUUCCAGAUGCAGCCAGAAACUGCUGACUGUUCAGCAUCUUAUACCUGUAGCAGUGAAGUCUGCUGAGAAUCCUAGUAUUGUUGAGGUUUCUGUUCGGUGUUGCAAGAUGUGCAAUGAACCUGAGUGUUAGUGCUCCAGUGUCUGGUAGUGGCCACUCAGAUUCUCCACCAUGUUGCCCUUUCUCCGCCCCCCCCCCACCCGACACACACACACAACACAUUCCUCAGGAUUAGGGCCUACUAUCCCACAAGCCAGCUUCUCCUGUACAGAAUCCAAUCUAUCACUUGCCUUGGCAUUUCCGUGGGAGCUUGUUGAGAGUUCCAGCCCACGAACUCCCCUGUGUGACUCAACAUAGAAGUCCUUUACUCAAAGGACUGGUUCUCUCAAGUCUGCCAUUGUUCUUCCCCUACCUUCUGCAGUCAGCUGAAGUGAUAAAUUUGUAUAAUGCCCAAGGAGUUUGAAAUUAGCCUGUGGGAAGUUUUGCUGCCAGAAAGCUCAGGGACUAAGUGCCUGGCAAAGUUAGGCAGUUGUAUAAGUAAUACAAAAAUUCCAGGCCCAACUAAAAUAACAACUAAAUGUUAAAAUAAAGCAAGAGCUCGGCAAGAGAUGGGGCCAUCAUGGAAGUAUAAACAUAUAUGAUGUAUGUGGCCAUAGUGUAGGUGACUUAUUUAACCAAGGAAAUUCCCCUUUGUCCCAUGGAUCAAUGCAGGCAGUGGCAAGGAGGAGAAGUGGAGGAACCAAAUUUAUUACAAGAAGCAAUAUACACAUUAGGGAAAGUGUAACGCUAAACAGGAAAAUGCACAAUUGUGCUCUUGCAUUUGAAGAUCAAUAGCAAAGAAAGAAAGAAAGAAAGAAACAUCCUCUACCGAUUGUUUGUGAGCCUUCAGCAUCCUCACAAUUAUCUGAAGGUUGGCUCAUUCAUUGAACUUGCCAUCUCUCCAGUUUGGGUGGUGGUGGAGCAGGUGGUGGAGCAGGCAUGCAGUGCAAGUACAGUAACAAGUGAUGCAAAAGAUUUGCUUGUUCCAUCAUAUGCACAUACUGUAAAUCCAAUUGUGUCCCCCACUUUUGAGGGGGCCCAAUUGUGUGAACCAGCUUUAGGCCCAUAUGGCCAUGUGCAUGAAGCCUUGGUGUCACACAGGACCUUCAGUGUGCAGAAGAGGGGACAAGUGAAAAGAUUAUAAAUGGAUCGGUUAGUGUAUGAACUGGCCCAUAGUCCUGUAUAUUUUUCAGUUUUCCCCUUGUGGAAUCUUAUGGUUAGGCAGUUUCACAUGUAAGGCUGGAACUUGUUUAUGCUUAAAUCAGUCUCUAAUGCAGAUGUAAAGCCUCCAUUCACUAGAAUGUGCAUUCAGUUUCUCUUCUGAAUACUAUCAUGCAUUCUCACUUGUGGCACAAAUCAAACAUGAGUAAACAUUCUUUUUGGCCUUGUGUGAAAACAGUCUAUAUAGCUACCACCAAAAAGAGACCUGAGCUGGGUUUUAGUUUCAUUAGCAUUGCCAGCUCUUCACAUAAGGGAUGAAAAGUAAUGCCUAGAAAUGUCCUACUUUCCACAAAACCUUUCUUUUUACAGUAAAAGUGAGAAAAUCAAAUGGAACAUUCCUAGUAAGUCUUCUUAAAACAAAAAAGCUGCUAUUUUAUAAAGCAAUGCAAACUAUACUAUCAUGCUCCAACCUCCUCAAAAAAAAGGGGUGGGGUGUGGAGCCCUAUCCUGCUUUUGGAAGAAUUAUUCCUCAGUGCCCUGAAGGAGGAUAGGCAAAGGACUUCAGCAUCAGACCAUUUCCUAUGAACUGCUUGGCUCAUUGUCAGCCAAAAGGAAGACUGGGAGGCUGGCUGUCAUAUGAGUAGGUGAGGUUCCUUCUAGUUACUCUAAUAUAGUAGGAGGAGACGGGUCCCUAGAGAAUGGCUUCUCCUUUUAUGGACUGAUCUUCUAACAUUUGGCCCUUUCUGUGCCUCCUUAAACUAGUGGGAUUUGGCUGAUGGAUUGCCACUUGAUAGAAUGGUAGUACAACUAUCUCCUAGCAAAGAUAUACUCUGUUUUUGUGCCAUUGCUUCUGGAGAUAUAGGUCAGAGACAAAGUAGUACAGUAGUGAGCAAUAUUUCAAGAUAUUGCUAAAAAUAAUUGGUGAAAAAGAAGGAAAUGAAUAUAUCGGCCUUAGCCUGGCACACUGAUAUGUGGUCUGUGGGCUGCCUCUGGAUACUUUUCUAAGACACACACAAACUUCUCAUGUAGGUUUGUCUUCAUGGCUCUGCCACCUCACAUGUGCAUCGAGGGGUGUUCCAAGCCCCAAUUACAACCAUCAGAGAACUCAGGCUUCACACAUUUUGGUAUGCUUUCUAUAAAAUGUCUUCUAGAGGUUGAGAAGCCCUUCUGGUUUACUUAGAAAGUAAAUAACCUAUUGAACAAAUAGUUUUGUCUGCUCUGAUUUGGUGUUUUCUAAAACUCAGUAGGGUCCUGACCUCAUCUCUAUGUAUAUAUGUGUAUGUGGUGUAGGAGAGAAAGUCUAGUGUCAAAAUUUUAUUAUUAUUUAUUAUGGAGGGUACAGGACAUCCUCCUCUUUAUAGAGCAGUUCCAGUGCUCAGCUGCAUUCUUCCGUGUUUAUAAUGUAUCCUAGCCAAUGAUGUGGGUUCUUAAGUAUGUGUGUAUUGUUUGAUAUUAAAAUAUGGAAGAAUAAAAUAUGGGAGAACCAGC